ACACACACAUAUACACACACUCACACUGUGACUGCAGAUCUGAAACUCGGUGAACUCGGUGUGGCACACAGGGAUCGAGCACUUUUAAUAAAGUAAAAUGGUUCUUGCUAAGCUCUGGACACUUCAGCAGCACUUUGAGGGUUUACCCAAGGAGAGUAACUUUGAGCUAAAACAAGAGGAGCUUCCAGAUCCCAAGGAUGGAGAAGUACUGCUGGAAGCAGUUUUCCUCAGUGUGGAUCCGUACAUGAGGCCUUACAGUCGAAUGCACUUAAAGGAAGGAGACACAAUGAUGGGAGCUCAGGUAUCCAGGGUGGUCCAGAGCAGAAAUCCAAGUUAUCUGGAGGGCAGUCAUGUGAUUGUACACUGUGGCUGGAGGACACACUUCCUUUCUGAUGGUUCUGACCUCACGCCCAUACCGUCUAACUGGCCAGAGGAACUUCCACUGUCUCUGGCUCUUGGGGCCAUUGGCAUGACAGGACUGGCAGCUCUGUAUGGUCUGGAGGAGAUCUGUGAGAUAAAGGCUGAGGAGACACUGCUGGUGAACGCUGCAGCUGGAGCUGUGGGAACUAUGGUUGGCCAGAUUGCUAAGAUCAAGGGCUGCAGAGCGGUGGGCUGUGCAGGAAGUGAUGAUAAAGUCUCGUACCUCAAAGAACUGGGCUUCGACCAGGCCUUCAACUACAAGACUAUCAGUUCACUGGAGGACGCUCUGAGGGAGGCAGCGCCGCAAGGAUAUGACUGCUACUUUGACAAUGUUGGGGGAGACUUCACCAGCACAGCUCUGGCUCAGAUGAAGCCUUUCGGCAGGAUAGCUCUCAGUGGAAGCAUCUCCACGUACAACAACACAGCUCCACACAGAGGUCCAUCUAUCCACUCUCAUAUGAUCCUUAAGCAGCUCCGCAUGGAGGGCUUUCUGGUCGAACGCUGGAAACACAAGCAUCACGACAGCCUUCAGAGACUACUGGCCUGGGUGAAGGAGGGAAGGAUAAAAUGCAGAGAGCACAUCACUGAAGGCUUUGAGAACAUGCCUGCUUCCUUCAUAUCUAUGCUGAGUGGAGAAAACGUCGGCAAAGCUGUUGUGAAGAUCUGACCAAUAGUUUCUCCCAUUUCAGAUUCUCACAUAGUUGCAGUCUUUAUAUUGUAUCUGAACAUUUUAGUCAAUUUUAAUAUUCAGUUUUCCUAAGCAUGCUUUAACUCUCUGAAUCCACUGUUCUGAGACUGUUUUAGAAUGGACAAUAGCCAUAUGACAUCACAAUGAUGCAACAUCACAAUGGGAUGCCAACACAGUGGUCAUGAUGACAUCCCAAUGACCAUUAUGACAUCCCAAAAUGGGGUACCGUCAAAACAGCCAUUAUGACAUCACAAUGACCAUUAUGAUAUCACAAAGGUGAACCAUCAGAAUGGCCAUUGUGAGAUCAUAGUGGAGUGCUAUAACAAUGGGCAUUAUGACAUUACAAUAGGGUGCCAUCACAAUGGCUAAUAUGACAUCAAAAAAGUCAUUAUGACAUCACAAUAGGGUGCCAUCACAAUGGCUAAUAUGACAUUAAAAAGCCAAUAUGACAUCAUAAUGGGUUGCCAUCACAAUGGACAUUUUGACAUUGCAAUGUAGUAUUGUCACAAUAGCCAUUAUGACAUCACAGUGGGUUACCAUUACAAUGAUCAUCAUGACAUCCCAAUGGCCAUUAUGACAUCCCAAAAUGGGGUACCAUCAUAACAGCCAUUAUGGCAUCACAAAGGCCAUUAUGUCAUCACAAUGUCCAUCAUGAUAUCACAAAGGUGUACCAUGACAAUGACUAUUGUAAUAUCAUUGUGGAGUGAUAAUGCAAUUGUCAUUAUGACAUCACAAUGGGGUGCCAUCACAAUGGCUGAUAUGACAUCAAAAAAAGUCAUUGUGACAUCACAAUGGGGUGCCAACUAAAUGGCUGUUAUGAUAUCAAAAAAGUCAUUAUGACAUCCCAAUAGAGUGCCAUCACAAUGGCUAGUUUGACAUAAAAUUCACUAUGACAGCACAAUGUAGUACUGUCAUAAUGGUUAUCAUUACAAUGAUCCUCAUGACAUCACUGUGACUAAUAUGACUUUGGAAGAGUUUUGAUUUGUGGGAUUUUUAUAACUGUCUGAAAAUGUUAUAACGGUAAAUAAAUGUAUUUAGGUAUUUUUAUACAGUUUAAUAAUAACUGUAACCACUCUGCCAGGUCUUUUGCUCCAGGCCUUAUAAUGUGUGGUUUGGUAUCCCAUUCUCCCUAAUUACCAUAAGUUUAAGUAUUCUGUUCUGGUUUAUCUUUUUUUUAUUUUUAUGCAUUUGAAAUGAAUCCUCUGUGAUUUAGAACAAAAUAAUUAAGACCCUACCUGUGUGUGUGUGUGUGUGUGUGUGUGUGUGUAUUGUAAGUGUACGCGUGGGCAGUUGUGCACUACAGCCUCUUGCACACACAAAACAUUAAUGGGAUCUCAGUGAGCGUAAGUGUACUUUAUCAUCUACUUUUGAUCGUUCUGCGUGGAUUCUGCUUCACACCUUGUGCUAGAAUCUCAUUUAGGCGUGGUGUCCUUGGCAACCCGGCUCAUUGGAUGUGAGCCGGUGGAGGUUCAAAUGAGAGAUGAAAAGCGGGAACUGGACCUCUCAACACACCACCACCUGUUUUAUCAUCCCUGAUUCAUUUAGUAACAGUCUUUAGACCACUGGAUCUCAGACUGGUGUGAUGGGAGGUUUGGAACCAGUCCAGAACCGCAGUAAAAUGUGUAUAAAUAAACUUAUAAAAAAUAUAUUUAACUAAUGAUUCAUUUAUUUUUGUUCUUGUUCACAAUUUUCUUUAAAGAAUUAUAAAAACAUACAGUGUAAUAUCAUUCUUAAAGAGGUCAAAAGAAGAAAGAAUUGCUUUUGUGAAUAUGAAAUGAAUAUGAUCUUUGCCUAUAAUGAUAAUUAGAUUUAUCAUCACCAUCAAAAUCCAGUGGAAAUUGUUUGCAUUCAGUGUUCGAUCCAUAUUAUAAUUUGUUCAGACAUCACUAUGUAACUAAUUAAUGGUAUUAUAAUAAAAGACUGGUGAACCAA